UUGGUCCCCCAGACGCUCUCAGCACGAUGUCCGCCUCUCCCGCCAGCAAUGGGGUGUUUGUUGUCAUCCCCCCGAGCAACGCCAGCGGCCUCCGCCCGCCACCAGCCAUCCUGCCCACCUCCGUGUGCCAGCCUCCCGGGAUCAUGCAGUUCGAAGAGCCACCACUAGGGGCGCCGCCGUCCAGGGCCACCCAGGUCCCAGACCUGAGACCCAUGGACACCUUCCUGACGGGAGAGCCCAAAGCCUUAGGGACCGUGCAGAUCCUCAUCGGCCUCAUCCACCUGGGCUUCGGCAGCGUGCUGCUCAUGGUCCGCCGCGGCCACGUGGCCAUGCUCUUCAUCGAGGGCGGUAUCCCCUUCUGGGGAGGAGCCUGCUUCAUCAUCUCUGGGUCCCUGUCUGUGGCAGCCGAGAAGCAUACCAGCUGCCUGGUGAGGACCAGCCUGGGCACCAACAUCCUCAGCGCCACGGCCGCCUUCGCCGGGACGGCCAUCCUGCUCAUGGAUUUUGGGGUCACUAACUGGGAUGUGGGCAGGGGCUACCUGGCCGUGCUGACCAUCUUCACCAUCCUGGAAUUCUUCAUCGCCGUCAUUGCCACCCACUUUGGGUGCCAAGCCACCCGCGCGCAAGCCAACGCGCCCGUGAUUUUCCUGCCCAACGCCUUCAGCACAGACUUCAGCAUCCCCAGCCCGACGGCCUCCCCGCCCCCCGCCUAUGACAACGUGGCCUAUAUGCCCAAGGAGUCGUCCGAGUAGAUGGUGGCCUCCCUGGAGCCCAGCCACCCCCAGACCCAGCCGCUCCCCGCUUGGUUAAUCUGGGGACAACCAACCCCCCCACACACACACACCCACGUGUUGUGGCACCCGGGUGCAGUGCUCCCAGUGACCCCUGCCCCAUACACCGUCCCCCGGGUCUGUCCUGUGAGUGCUAGUUGAUGUCAGCGUGUCUGUGACUCGGCUCCCCCCUCCCCCCCGCCCUUGGUGCAUCGGGAGGAGCCCCCCGUGAGAAGCUCACCCAGGAGGGCGCUCGGGCCUGGGGAAGGUCAUCACACUAGAGUGUUCCAGAAGGCUCUAGAUGGAAGGCCUGAGUCCACCUGCCACCGUGCUUGCAGGAGUCAGCUGGGCUCUCUUAGCCAGAAAGGAAAGGGUUGACCCAGGCGACGUCGUGGGCCCUCCAGCUCCCAGCCUCCCGAGUAAAAGUGGGGUCGGUGUUGGUUCCCCCCGCUCACACCCGCCUACCCUCGCCCAGGGCCUGGGAGGUGGCAGGGGGGCGGUAUUUGGGGUGCACUAUGGGGAUGCUCCCUCCCCCUAAAUGCUCAGGCUCCCCUUCUCCUCCUUAGCCUGAUGGUGAGCCCGUGGGGGCUGGCCUGCCGCUGUCCCCGGCGUGCAGGAGCGACACGGCAGAGAACAGUAAACAGUGUGGCUCCCGUGA